CGAAAAGCCUUGCUAUUUAAGCAUGCCAAGCUCUGUCUGUCUCCACCCAGCCUCUCUCACAGUCCACUCAGUCUUUACACACUGUCUGCCUCACUCACGUCCUUCUCCUGCUGCCGCUACACCGAGCCAUGGAAAGGGAGGUGCAGCUGAUGGAGGGGAGGCAAGCGUGGCCGCUCCACAUGAUGGGGAUGGCUGCCGCUGGUACGACCGCCACCUGCUUCGACAACUACAGCAGCAGUGGCAGUGGCGGCGGCGGCGGCGACUGCUUCGUGCUCGGGUGGGAGCAGCUAGCGCCGGCGCCGUUCGGCUGCUUCGGGCUCCUCACCGCCGACGUCCACGACCUCUUCCCGCUCUUCGCCACAGGCAUGGAGCCGGCGCUGCCCGCGCUGCCGCCGUCGGCGCACGACGUGGCCGCCGCGAUCCCCGGCGAGCUGGACGACCUUCUCCUGAGCUUCUGGGACGCGAGCUGCCACGACGGCGACGUGGGCGAGCCGCUCAAGGCGCAGCAGCAGGCCGCCUUCAAUUCCAGCUGCUGCGUCACGCACGAGCGGGGGGAGGACUACUGCACCCCCACCACCGACUCCUUCGUCCACUAUGAUGACAAUGAUGACGGCGAUGAUCCCUUGAGCUCGAUUUUCUCCGCGGGCCUCGCGCCGGCAGCGGAGGGAGCGGUGUGCCCCGCCGCCGCAGAGGCAGAGCCCCUCCCCAGCUCGUCCUCGUCCAACUGCCGCGGGGGGGACCCGCGCGCCGGCGGGGUCGACCUGCAGCCGCAGGGACAGAUGCAGCAGGGCACCGCGCGGGCGCGGGGCCGGGCCGGGACCCCGCCGCUGCCGAGGACCUCCGCGCCCUCGCUGAAACGCGCGACACGCGAAGCAGAGUCGUCGUCGGAGCACGCGGCGGCGGCGGCGGCGGAGGAGUGCAGCCAGAGCGGCGGCGGCAGCAAGCGGCGGAAGGGCGCGGGGGUGGUGCGCCCGUUCGCGCUGCUGAAGCCCGACGGGCUGGACGGCGGCGCGACGCUGGCGGACAUCAACGCGCGCAUCCUGAUGCGGCCCGCGCGGCCGGUCCGGCACCCCGUGGGCGAGUUCGCGUGCGCGCCGCGCGUGUCCGCGGACCAGCCGGGCUUCUCGGGCAAGGCCGUCGCCAGCCUCACGCGCCUGCACACCCCCGGCGGGCGCGGCACCAUCACCAUCAUAAGGACGCGAGGCUAGGCUAGGCUUGUACUAUGCAUGAAUCAUGGCGGUGUAUGUAGGAUUAGCUAGCUAGCCACCUGUUGUGGUGUAAAUUAUGAGCGUAACCUGCAAUGUAAAUCGAACGAAUAAAUUUCUCCAAUCAUGGCGGUGGUGGCUCA